AUGCCGUCUACUGUGGACUCUUUCUUUCGAGGGAUUCGGUACUCUUUAGAUUCUUCUGGGUACAAUGACUUAUUUCUUAAGGUAAAACAGAUACUGAUUUUAGAGAGGCUUCUUUUAGGGAAAGAUACUGUGGGUGUUCUUCCUACCGGUUAUGGCAAAUCUGUCAUUUUUCACCUACUUCCAUUCAUGUUCGAUUAUGAAAAGAAAAAAGACGACAGCAUCGUCCUUGUAAUUGCUCCUUUGGAUUCGUUAAUAGAAGAUCAAGUGAUGAGUCUCAAGUCAAGAGGUAUAAAGGCUGGUGUUUUAAAAACGAAAAAAUCAACGAAGUGUUUCAAUGAAAUCUUUGACGAGGGUCCGUGUAACAUUACAGACGAAGAACGCGAAUUCACUGAAGAUACUGAAGACCAACAACAUGAAAUCACUAGGGAUAGUGAGUAUAAGAGACUUGAAUGUGGAGAUGUGCGCAUUCUAUUCACACAUCCAGAAGGAUUUAUCUCUUGCAAAGAAGGAAGAAAACUCUUACUAUCUCAAACAUUUCAAAAUCGACUUAUUUCGUGUGUUAUAGACGAAGCCCACCUUGUUACAGAAUGGGGACUAGAAUUUCGCCCUGAUUUCAAUAAGCUGUCACAGCUAGGGUCAAUAUUCCCACAUGCACCAAUACUGGCGCUUACAGCAACUGCCCCAACCAAACGCAUACAAGAACUUAUUCAAUUACUUCUACUUGACAAUCCUUUUGUUUGUAUUGGGAAUCUUGACAGACCCAACAUCUUUAUUGAAAAAUUUAAAAGAAAGCCUACAUGUCUUGGUUCUGAAAGUUAUGACCAGCUAUUUGUUAUUGCAGAUGAUCUUAAAAAGAAACUGACAGAAUAUCCAUUUACAAUAAUAUAUCUACCAUUGCAAUGGUGUGGUUAUGCUUUCAAAUAUUUUUUGUCUGUUCUAGGCAACAAAAGUUAUGUUAACCUGAACAAGGGGAAACAGCCUAGAAAUUGUUUAUUUGCCCAAUACCAUGCCUCCCAAACAGAAGCAAUGAAGCUUGAGAUACUAGAUCAGAUUAGUGGGAAAUCUAACUUUAGAAACAUCCGAGUUGUAUUUGCCACAGUUGCUAUUGGUCUAGGAGUCAACUUACCUGAUGUUCGACAUGUAAUACACAUAGGUGUGCCAAGAACACUUGAAGCAUAUUACCAAGAAAUGGGAAGAGCAGGUCGUGAUGGCAAACCAGCCACUGCCUCAAUGUUUUAUAAUAAUUCUGAUAUUGCAAGAAAUGUCCCUGGUAUGACAGAGUCAAUGCGUUCUUUUUGUUUAACAGAUGAACACUGCCUGAGGAAAACACUUAUCAAUUAUUUGGGCUCAGUUCCAGCAUUUCAUGGCCUGUCUCAUUUGUGCUGUAGCAACUGUGCCAAGAGUUGUUCAUGUGAAGAUUGCCUUGAUACAAUUGCAAUGCUUUCCUGUUCUGAUGUAGUCAGAACAAACAUGAAAAAAACUGACAAAAAAGUCAGAAUGCUCUCAAAGGAAUCAAAACACAAAAUUUCUAAAAAACUCAAAGAAUACAGAUUGAAGCUUGGUUCUCGUCGCAAAAGGUUUGGCUCAAUUGACACAAGUACAGGAUUCACAAUUCAACUAAUUGAUUCAAUCAUUAACAAUUGCGAAUACAUAUCAUCUGUUGAGCAAUUAUGUCAGGAAUUUCCAAUAUGGGAUCGUUCUUAUGCUGAAGUGGUUAUGGAUGUUCUCUCAGAAUAUACUUCUUGA